GGCCUGCUGAUCACAUUUUGAUUCAUUUUGGAAUAGGGGAAACUCCAGAUCUCCCCAGGCUUUGCCUAGGGCAGAGAGUGGUGUCACCUACCACGCGGUGGGGUGAGCCCCCUCACUCAGCCCAGCCCACCAUGGAGAGCAAAGAUGAGAUCAGCGACACAGACAGCGGCAUCAUCCUGCAGUCCGGUUCCGACAGCCCUGUGUCCCCACUGAAGGAGCUGACGCGGGCCGUGCGCAAACAGCAGGAGUUGCUGGAGGCGCGGCUGGAGGCCUGCUUGCAAGAGCUGAGGAAGCUGUGUAUGCGCGAGGCGGAGCUGACAGGCACACUGCCCCAAGAGUACCCGCUCAAGCCUGGAGAGAAGCCCCCCAAGGUCCGACGGAGGAUCGGCGCUGCUUACAAGCUGGAUGACCUGGCCUUCCACAGAGAGGACCCUCUGAGCAGCCUGGAGGGGGCAUUGGUCCUGCAGCAGCAGAUCACCGAGGCUGCCCGUCACCUCUACCACGAGGAGAACCUCAGCAAGCAGGUCCGCCGGCGGCGCAAGCAUGCGGUCCUUCAGGAGGAGAAGAAGCUGCAGGAGCUGCAGCGCUGUCUCAGCGAGAGGCGCCCGAGCAGUGGAGGCGGCCCCCUGCCUGCAGUCCCCCUGGGGAGAGUAGAAUUGAGCGCCUCUGACGACAGCUCCCUCUCUGAUGCCGUCCUGCUAGAAGAAGAGGAAGCCCGUGUGCCACCCCCAGAGCCCACAGUGCCCCCGGCGUCCCCGGCGCCCCCCUCCCGGCCCCUCCCGCCCCAGGAACUGGAGGGGCUGCAGCCCGUCCGGCCGGAGUCCGGUGGGUCCGAGCGCUCCCCCAUACAGAACAGCCCCUGGAAGGAGACCAGCCUGGACCACCCCUAUGAGAAAGCUAAGAAGUCGUCGUCAGAGACCAGCAGUGAGGCCAGCAGCCCGGCUACCACUCCCCAGGAGGGACCCAGCGUGCCCGACUUGUGUGUGCCGGAACCUGCCUCGUACCAUGUGGUCCACGUGCGGGGCGUGCCUGGGCAGCUGCAGGGCCGGGCGAGUGCCCCCUCCACGCCGGAGAUGACCGGGAGAAGAGGGUCGGUGCAGUGUCUCAGGGUGGACUCGAUCCGGGACAACCCCGAAGGCAGAGGCCGCAGUUCCUUCCCCCGUCGCCGCCCGACCCACUACACGGUGACCGUGCCCGACUCCUGCUUCUCAUCGGCCAGGCCGCCGCCAGCCCGGCCCGCCCGGCCCUCCGGUGCCGAGGACAGCGGCUCCGACGUGUCCAGCCUCACCUACGUCUGCUCAGCGGGUCGCGGCAGCCCGGACAUCUUCCUGCGCCCGGGCCCGCCCCCGCCGGAGCGGCCUCGUGGUCCCCGCUACUGUUCCACACUGCUGCUCCCCCGUGGGCACCUGCCGGCCGGCGGCUACCUGGUGCUGGCCGAGGGCUGCCUGCCGGAGUCCGGCUGGGAGCGGUGCCUCCCGGGGCCCCGCGACCCCCGUAUGGAUGGGGAUGGUGCCCCUGUGCGCUACCAGCGGCUGGUGCCGUCCCACAGCCGGAUCGUGCGGACGCCCUCGCUGAAGGACUGCCCCUCGGCGGCCGGCCGGACCCCCAGCAAGGCCGCCGUGUCCGAGGAACUCAAAUGGUGGCACGAGCGGGCACGGCUACGAGGCUCCCGCCCUCACUCCCUGGAUCGGCACGGGGCGUUCCGCAACCGCUGCUUCCCUGUGGGCAGGGAGAGCUUGGGUCGAGGCCCAGGACCUCAGACACAGGUGCCCACAGUCUGUGUGCUGCGGAGGUCGCCUGAUGGCUUCCCUAUGCAGGUGUUCCUGCCCGAGAAUGGGGAGAUCAUCAGCCAGGUGUGACGGUGCCGCUCUUCUGUGCUGCCGGGCCCCUCCAGCCAGGCCCCCAGGCCUCACCGCCAGGUCUCUGGUUCCCCGCUCGUGGGCUGGACCCCAGAUUUCAGGAGAGGGCAGCUGGCCAGGGCCCGUUAUCUGCCCCCUGAAUCUCCUUCAGCUCUCCAACCCCCAUUGCAGGUCAAUGAUUGGGAGCUAAGGUCUCCUUCCCUUUCCCAUCCCUCCGUCCUUCCCUCCUCCAUCCCUCCCUUCUCUUUCUUCUCCCUGCCACUGGGGACAGCUGUGCCCAGUACUUGCUUGUUGUUCUCCUAUAUCUUUAGCAUUGGGAAUGUGGCCCCAGGAGAACUGAUUCUACCUGCCCACCCACCUACCACCUGUCUACUCCCCUGCUCCGCCACCUGGGCAGCAGAGCCAGGGAUGAGGGACCUCAGGGCUGGGAGGACCCAGGUCCUGAGUUCGGGGCCCCAUUCCGCAACCCCGACAGCACUCCGGAGCGAACACUGCCAUCUGCGACGUUGGGCUGCGGUGGGGCAUGGGACCCAGAUAGGGGCCCUUCUGGCCCUCGUCUGAUUCUGAGUCCUCCAAGGAUGGUGACGGGGGUAGGGGGUGGGAGGAGCGCCUGGAGUGUAGGUGGUUAUGUCAGUCAUUCAAUCGUAUUUAUUGAGCGCUUACUGUAUGCACAGCACUGUACUAAGCGCUUGGGAGAGUACAGUAUAGCAAUAAACAGACACAUUCCCCACCCACAAUGAGCUUACAGUCUAGAGGUGCAUUCCUAGGGCUCUGGAUCCCCUGCAGGAUGAGUUGAAGAUGCUCUCUUCAGGAUGCUCCUGUCUCCAUGGGGCUGCAGAGGUUGGGGAGCCGGAAGGGCCCUGCUUCCUGAGCAGAUGAUUUAAACCCUUCAGAAAGACCCUUGGGAGGGCAUUUCUCAAGACCUCAGUGCUGCUGUGGAACCUUCAGACCCAGAGGCCCCAUCUCCCUAUUAGUCUGUGGGACUGUUGUUUGGGAGAUGCCCACUGGGAAUCGGCAAGUCCUUGUGGAUAAAUCCCAGAGAUGCCCAGCCCUUAUCCCUGGCCCACAGGGUGUCGGGUUCCCAGCAGGAUGAAGGUGAGAGUUUCCGAGGCAUCGCCACAGCACCCACCUUGGUGAACAUCUUCAGAAUGGUCCUGCCACUGCUAUUCUGUUUUAUGGCACAGUCUGAAUGUCCAGAGAGGACAUGGACUCCUAUUUGUUCAUCUUUUCACCUGCUUUUUCUAAACUUUAUGGCCAGAAGAGUAUUUAACCAAGAGGUUUGCUCCCCAGGUACCUGCCCGGGCAUUCCAGCUAGAAGAGACCAGGAAUGGGGCAGCCCAGGGCAGAGGUGUGAAGGGAAUUCAAACAAGGGCCAUAUCUGCCAUGCUGGUGCUAUUCCUCUGAGACAGUAGUCCACCAGUAGGCGACCAAUCUCUGGAUUUUGGUCUCUGCCCGGGAACUCUGUCCACUUUCCCUGCUGCUUGCGUAGCCCCCCUUUCAGGCCUUACCCUGGGACCAACCUCCCCUACCCCCUUCCCACCUGUCCCCAGCUCACUGUCCUGAGCCGGGCAGGGUGUCCCCCCAGGCAGACUUUAUCCCCCUGGGAACCAGAGCCUUUUUUAUUAACUUAUUUGCCGUGAAGUUACUGCAUUUGAUACUGUUGUAAAGACAAUUUGUAUUCAGUUUUGUAUGCAACCUCAGGGGCUCGAACUAUGUAGAAUUGUGUGCCAAAUCCUCUUUUAAUAAAAUGUAUAACCAGUG